AUGAUUUCGAGUGUAGAAGCGCACCUGUGGCAAGCUGCCUUCCCUACCUUUGGUGGGUCCAUGGGGGUGUGCCCGCUGGAAGCAGGGGAGCAAUAUUGGUAUGAAGAGAUUAAAGGCCACUUCAUGUAUCCAGUUGCUGGAGCUUUCGCCAACCCACCUACUACAACCGAAGGUGUGUUGCGCGACCUAGGUAUUGACCUUGAAGAGAAGAAGAAGAAACCCAACAAACGGAAGAAGGUUAUUACCUUAGACGCUGAAGUGACUAGCAAGAAUGGCGGGAGUAGCCGCGCAACUGCCAGUGCUGCUGAUAAAGGUACUCUAUACUUUCGUCAAAGUAACUUGGAGGAUUACGUUAUUAUCAGUGACUCACUUGAAGGUUUAUCGCGUAUAGGCGAGAAGAAGACCGGAGCCGCUGGUUCAAGGAGCUCAGGGAGCGCUGGUUCUCGAAAUCCAGAUGCUGGAGCCACUCCGUCUUCCAUCGCGCUUGAUGAAGAGGAGGAGGAAGAAGAAGAAGAAGAACCUGCUGAAAAGUUGGUAAGCAGGAAAAGGAAUAGGGAAGAGACCACAACUGUUUCUGCAGAGGCCAAAAAGAAGACCCCUGAAAAGAGGAGUGUUGUUUUUAAAGAUCCCCAAGAGCCGGCGCUGAAGAAGACCAAAGCUAUAAUUAAGCCUAUCAAGGCUGCUGGUAUAGAGUCUGAGAAGGAGAAGAGGAAGGCUGUCGAGAAGGUUGUUGAGAAGGAGAAAGAGAGAAAGAAAGAGAAGGCUUCGGAAAAGCCUGUUGGUGGUGAACCUAAGGAGACCGGGGCCGCUGCUACAACUGCCCAUGAAAAAGCACAGGGUUUGGAGGUUGUCCGUAUCAUGGGGCUUGACCGACCCCUUCAUGAGAAAAGGAAGGAAUCUGAGGUUGAGAAGCUGACAAAACCUGCGCAGCCUGAUGCCCCACUUCAUAAUGCUAAAGUAACUUCUACUACUGGGGAAUCAGGCUCUUCGAUUCAUAAGGAAAAAUCUGCUGCUGCAGGUGGCGCGGGCUCAGGUGGCGCUGGAAGGUUUGUACAUCAAUCUCCCAUCGGCCCUAAAGAUACUGUGGGCGAUAUAUAUUACAAGACCUACACGGAGGAGGCUCGCGGCGAUGCUCCCCACUGA